AUUGUUUAACAAAUAACCGGAUGUUUACCAUGCACCACCGUUACUAUGGAACUUGACAUACAUGGGGUUAUCUUUUUUUAUUUCAAAACAAAAAGUGGAAGGAAGCUUUCUGAACAUAAUUAGCAUCAAUUACGAAAACUUCUGAAAGGAAAUUAUUUAUUUUUAUGGAAUUGUACCAGAAGAAGACCUUUUAACAGAGAUAAUUGGUUUUUAUAAAGAACGACGUGUUACCUGACACGAAACUCUUCAACUUGUUCAAAAACUUGAAAUGCCGCCAAAACCUCAACAGCCACGAAGACUCACAAGGGAGAAUAUAGAAAACCACAGUGAGAGCAUGGCUCGUAAAUCGUUCAGUGAAGACUUACCCAGCCAUGUUCCUCUCCCACAAACAACACAACCACAGAUGCGUCGCCAGUCCAAGUUUGAUGCACGUCUGAUGCACAUGAGCCAGGAUAGACGCUUUUCAACCGUUUCUCGGACAAGUAUUUCCGGUGCGUCGCAGACGACAAAAACAGGACCGCCGGUGAAAUACGAAAACACAUACAGGACUGAACCAGACGCUAAAUUUGAAUCUUACAAAGUUAAAAAUGUUAUGACUCAGACAUUGAGGGAAUGGCUUACCGGUGUGGAAUAUUCACCUAAUGUGAGAAAGCUUACUACAGGUCUAACAGACGAGAUUAAAAAGCGCGUGAAGGCGCUUGGAUUUCAGCGCUAUAAGUUUGUUGUCACGGUAACGAUAUGUCAAGAUGCAAAACAAAGUAUGCAAAUGGUUAGUAGGUGUAUGUGGAAUAAAGACACUGACAAUUUCUCUGAAGCCGUUUUCAAGACGGCAGACCUCCAUGCUGUAGCAACACUUUACGCAUGCUACUUUGAGUAACGCAUCGACACAUGUGACUUUUAAAGACUAUGUUCAUUAUACUAAUGUUCAGUAUUGGCAUUUUUCAUUUUAUAAACAAUAUACUUUCAUUAAAUUACGCACAAUGUAUUUUAUAGACAUUAAUUAAAACAUAAUAUGCAUA